CUAAAAUAGUACCAGAGCGAUUAAAAUUAACUAAACAUAAGAUGACCUACAAACAACGAUAUUCUCCCUCCCUGCGCAUGCAAGACGCAGAUGCGCGUGAACACUGCUACCCUCCGCCGUGCACGCGCCGCAUCCUUCACUCAUCGCGCGCUCGUGUGGUCUUGGAGAAGAGAAGGAUAACCGGAAACAGCAGGUUGUUGUUGAAGAAACAUCUCACAUAAUAAUACUAAAAAAAAUACAGGGGCAGGGAAAUGGCUUUGACUCAAGAUAUGAUCUUAAACUUUUUAAUGGAGCACGGGGGAAAAGUGAAAAACUCGGAGCUUGUGAACAAGUUUAAAGGACUUAUAAACUCCAGCGACCCCGCGGAAAAGAAACAAAACAGAGACCUUUUCAAACGACUGGUCAACAACGUCGCCGUGGUUAAACAAGUCGAUGACGUAAAGUACGUGGCUGUGAAGAAAAAGUACCAAGGACUCACAGGUGAAAAAAAUACACUGAAUAACAGUUUAUUUGAAUUAAUAUCGCCAUGUAGUAGUAGAAGUAAACCCGCGCUUGAUUCCAGUGAAAUAGUGAAUGUGGAUAUUAUUAAUAACAAUUACUGUCAUUGCUCCAUCCAAACUUUGAGUAAUAGCCGGUCAAGUGGAAAUGAUGCUGAGAUACCUGACUGUGAUUCAAUCGAGUCUUUGACAGCAAGAGUGCUCAGUGUGACAAGUGAUGCUGGAAGUGGCCAAACAGGAUCCGUUUUCGCUCUUGUGGCCAUAAAAUCUCCACCAAAUCCACGAUGUGAGUUGCAAAAUGAUGAAAGGGGAAAACCAUGCCUCAAAACGCAAACAUCUGAUGCCAAACGACCAUCUUCUACAGCUGAGAGAACCAUGAAAGUCAAGGCAAAUGCGUAUCAGAGCUGUAUUGUGGCUGGAGAAGGUUUUCCAUACAGGUCUCUGAGAGUCAAACGAAAGGAGCUGGAGGCACAGGGUUUGCCACAACUGCGAGGGAGUAGCAAAAUCACCAAACCGGGUGGUAAUGAGGCUAAAGACUCAGAUGGAAUUCCUUUGGGGUCAGUGAAGCAUCAGUGGCUUGUGAAAUCAGCAACAGGAGGCUGGCGUCAGAUCCACAGCCUCCUACUGCAAGACCCUCAGCUGGCAGAGAAGAGGAAUUUCAUGUCUGGAUUCACAAUCCUGCAUUGGGCUGCUAAAAGCGGAAACGGUGAAAUGGUGUGUAAAGUCAUUGAUCUUUCAAGACAGAGUGGUGCAGGGAUCGAUGUUAAUGCCAAGUCUUAUGACGGGUAUACACCUCUCCACAUUGCCGCCAUUCACAGCCGUGAACGUGUGUGUUCACUGCUGGUGUGUGAAUAUGGUGCCAGCACUAGCAUACGGGAUAACAGUGGGAAGAAACCCUACCAUUAUCUAAGUCAAGAUGUGUCUACUGAAAUCAGAAAGAUGCUCGGAGACCCUCGCUGUCUGCGGCAGGAUGCUCGAAGCGAUUUAAAGGAACAUCAAAACCCGUCAGACCUCCAUAAAGGAUUCAACACUCUGAGUAAACUAUUUCAACCCCACGUCGCCGGACAUAAAGAGAAAUCCAGACGUCGGCCGAGCUUUCAUUUCGUUAGAGAGAAAGAACAUUGCACUUAAUUGUUUUUAACCUAAUUGCACUUAGUUGUUACAAUGGAAACACCUCACAAAAAUUAGACUUGUGUAACUUUAGUGUGUUUAAUACGUGUUGUUAAUUUAAUUGGUAAUUAUUAUACAGUGGCAGCUGUGCACUCUACUGAUAAUUGUAUUUGUUAAUGAGGUUAGUAAGAAAAUUACUAGAUACUAACACAGCUGAAAGGGUGAAGAACAUGUUCAGGUCUUUUUACCCCAUAUUUGAAAGACAAUUUAUUUUGAUGGUUACUAAUGUAGUAACUGUAAGACUAACGAAUGUUACACAUACAUGUCAAGAAACUCUCAUUAGAGUAUUAGUAGACUGUCCGCUUAUUAGUUAAUAUCUGCUUACUCUUUAUUGUGAUGCUCCUCCAACAAACAUUCUACUGAUUAUAAGUAACUUUGCAAGUUCAUAUCAACUUACUUUAGCCCUAACCCCAUUCUAGUAAUCCUCAACUAAUAUAGCAGACAUGUAUGAGCAACGCUACUUAUAGUCAACAGAAUGUCUAAGGGGACCAUUAAAAUAAAGUGUAACCAAAAAAUAUAUAGCCUAA